GAGCUCAUGAUUUGAGAGAGAGCAGGAGAGAGGGGGCGAGUACAGAAGCAGAGGGAGGGCUUCGCUCUCACUCCGAACAGCUGCUCCUGGUGAAUUCAGUAAGACAAGUGCCCUCCUCUACCUUGGUCUCGAUCAGGUUUCUCGGCUGACUGUUUGCACAGAGUUGUGUUCAAGGAAUAAGAGACGGCUUCCUGCUGCAAACUCAAGUGUUCCUGUGUUCAUUCUUCUGAUCAUCUUCAAUCCAAAAGCAAAGAUGGAGCGUAUGGAGGAUGAUAAGCCGAAGAAGAAGUUGACCUUUUACCUUUUCUACUGCGUCUCAACAGCGGUCAUUGGCUCGCUACAGUUUGGCUACAACACCGGGGUCAUCAAUGCACCUGAGCAGAAACUGCGCAGUUUUUUCCAGAAUGUGUCGAUGGAGCGCACAGGGGAGCCUUUCAGCCCGGGGGCCAACACCAUGGUGUGGAGCUUCGCUGUUGCCAUCUUCAGCGUUGGAGGCAUGUUGGGGUCUUUCUCCGUAGGAGUGUUGGUCACCAAAUUUGGCAGGCGCAAGUCCAUGCUGCUCGCCAAUGUUCUGGCUGUGCUCGGCGGGGGCUUCAUGGGACUGUCGGCUCUGUGUGGAUCUUAUGAGAUGAUCAUCAUCGGUCGCUUGAUCAUCGGAGUGUUCUGCGGUCUGUGCACCGGACUGACGCCCAUGUACGUGGGCGAGAUCUCUCCCACGGCUGUCCGAGGAGCCUUCGGCACGCUGCACCAGCUGGGUGUGGUCAUUGGCAUCCUGGUGGCGCAGAUCUUCGGCCUGGAGUUCCUUCUCGGCUCUGACACGUUGUGGCCUCUGCUGCUGGCCCUCACCAUCCUGCCGGCCAUCCUGCAGAGCAUCCUGCUGCCUUUCUGCCCGGAAAGCCCCCGCUACCUGCUCAUUGUCCUCAACCAGGAAGAAGAGGCCAGAAAAGCGCUGGUGCGUCUGCGUGGCUGUGAGGACGUAAGCGAUGAUAUUCAGGAGAUGAAGGAAGAAGGGAUAAAGAUGGCCAGGGAGAAGAAAGUGUCCAUUCUCGAACUUUUCCGCUCCCCAAACUACCGUCAACCAAUCAUCAUUGCUAUAGUCCUGCAGCUCUCUCAGCAGCUGUCUGGUAUCAACGCUGUGUUUUACUACUCUACAAGUAUAUUCGCCACAGCGGGUGUUUCUCAGCCCAUCUACGCCACCAUAGGAGCUGGAGUUGUCAACACGGUGUUUACUGUUGUCUCUCUCUUCCUGGUUGAACGGGCGGGGCGAAGGACGCUGCACCUGAUUGGUCUGGCUGGAAUGGCCAUCUUUGCCGUCGUCAUGACGAUCGCCCUGUCUUUGGGGCAGACGACCCCGUCUCUGAGCUACCUGGCCAUUGUGGCUGUGUUUGGCUUUGUUGCCAGUUUUGAGAUGGGUCCAGGUCCGAUCCCCUGGUUCAUCGUGGCUGAGCUCUUCUCCCAGGGGCCCCGACCUGCUGCCAUGGCCGUCUCUGGUCUCUCCAACUGGACCGCCAACUUCGUGGUGGGGUUGGGUUUCCCUAAGCUGGCGGAACUGUGUGGUCCUUACGUCUUCAUCAUCUUUGUGAUCUUCCUCAUCCUGUUCUUCAUCUUCACCUUCCUGAAAGUGCCUGAGACCAGAGGAAGGACCUUUGACGACAUUGCUCAGGGCUUCGCUUCCAGUGCAGGGAAGCCCUCCGUGGAGCCUGAGGCGGUGGUCGCCGGGCUGACAGAAGGCAAAGAUCCAGCCCCCAUGUCCCCCACCGACAAGGUGCCCAUGGUGAAUCUUUCUUAGAGAGAAGAAGGAAGACUCGGGGUACAAUACAGACAACAGGUUUCAAACACAUUGAUAUCGUAAGGAGGUAUAUUUCAUAACAUGGGCAACUAAAGAUUAAACAUUUACAAAUGCGAAAUUCAUUGAAUUCAAACUCUCUCUAAUCCCCCUUCAAACAUGGGGUCAAACUUCCCUGAAUUAUUAGUACUUAACAUUUGUUGACAUCCUCGCUGCCAGCGCUACGCAUUCUGCCUUAAAAGAGGAUCAACAUAUGUUGAGUGUUAAGUCCCUGGUCUUCAGCUACCUCCAGUGUUAAAAGGUUGUGGGAUUUGG